AUGCGAAAGGCAGCGGAGAGAGUGGAGGACGCAGAGCCAGCAUGGAGGAAUUAUGUUAUCCCUCGUGCCACCCUCUCUCACCAAAUUGACGGAGGGGUGGGAAGGGCAAUGGUGAAUGGAGGACGCAGAGUCAGCGUGGAGCAAUUAUGGGAUCUGGGAGGGAACUCCAAGUGGAAGAUGCGGAGUCAGCUGGAGAAAUUGUUGUGCCUCCUUUCGGCCUGUCUCUUCGUCUUCAUGGCAGCUGCCAUCACCAUCUCUGUCCUUCUCUAUCUCGAUCGUCAGUCCAUCUCGAGUUCUCGACUCUCAGGAAUGUCACGACAUCCCUCACGGGAUGGCUUCAUGGCAUCUCUUCUUGCAGUGCGGGAGAAGAGAGAAACCAUCGAUGACUUGGAAAACAAGGCCGAAGUCUGCACCAGCCGUGACUGUGCUCUAGCAGCUGGGAAUAUCCUGUCGUCCAUGGAUACGUCUGUGGAUCCCUGCGAAGAUUUCUACACCUACGCCUGCGGGAGAUGGAUACGAGAAAAUCCCAUUCCAGAUUUCCUUUCUCGGUGGGGCAGAUUCGAUCAGAUGGAAAGAGAUGUCUCCUAUGAUCUCCGAGGUAUCCUAGAGGAGAAAAUCAAGAAAGGUGAGGCGGAGUCCAUCAAGAAGAUGAAGACAUUCUAUCGAGCCUGUAUGGAGUUACCGACGAAAGACGAGGGAGAAUCCAUCACUCCGCUGCUGUCCGACCUGAGGCUGUUCCUCGGCGGGUGGCCGAUGACGAUGGCGGAUGGAGAAUGGAAUCCCGACGGAUUCUCCUGGCUCCACACCGUGGCCAGAAUGAGAGGCACGCUCGGGCUCGGUCCUCUGGUCACCUCAUACGUUCAUGCCGACGAGAAAAACAACACAAACAGCUUCUUUUUCAUCGACCAACCGUGGCUGGGGGUCGACAGAGAAGUCCUCCUCCAUCCGGAGUAUUACGGCGCGAUCUUGAGCGGCUACAAGGACUACAUCUUGGACGUCGCUCAGGUCGUCUCCAUAUACGAAGGAGUGAACAAAUCCCGAGAGGAACUCGGACCCUACGUCGACGACAUCAUCCGAUUCGAGACGGAACUCGCCAUGAGGAUCUCAUCGGCCGUGAAGCGACGGGAACCGUCUUGGAUGUACAAGCCCAUGACGCUCAGGGAACUCCAGAACAUCACCGACAUCGCCGUUGUGGAUGGGGCGGACUGGGAGAAUUAUACGAACACAGUAUUGAGCAUUGCCGGCAUGAAAGUGACCAAGGAUUCCACCAUCUUCGCUCCGGAGACCGAGUACUUGAAGCACUUGCUUGUCUUACUUGAUGCUACGGAUCCCGUCAUCGUCGGUGACGAGGGGAAUGGAAAGAAUCAAGCUCACAGUCAGACAAAGUGGGUCUCGGCAUACGUCCUGCACAAGCAGCUAGGAAUGGCGUUUCCUUACACAUUGACUCUGGUCGAUACACCCGGGUUUGGCGACACAGAAGGGAUGAAAAGAGAUGACGAGUUGAAGAAUCAGAUCGAACAGUUCUUCUCACAUGGAGGAUAUUUUGGAGUCGACCAACUUGAUGGAGUUGCUUUGGAACGGAUGGAACUACUGAGGAAAGGGCACGCAGCAGUGAGACAACACGGAGGGGAAUUGCUGACUGGCUUGAUGGGAGUCAAACAAGUAGGGCAGAGUACAGAGGAAGAACGAUCAAAUGCAAACUCCUUCUCGUCUGAUGACAAUGAAUCGGAAUAUGAAAACGCUGCCUCUGCACUCCCCCCAGAAAUCAGUUUACCUUCACAUUUCAUGACCCCGAAUGAUAAUCACUUCCUGACGGAGUUGUCUGAAGGUUUCAAACGAGAGAUGGUCAAAUUUCAAGAGCUGAUCAAAGAAGCACAUGCAUGCAUGCACCGAAUUGAUGAAAUAGCUCUUAGGCCCAAUCCUAUUGAGAUCACUAAUUACAUUGAAAUGCUGAUCCGCAAGGAGUUUCAUGAGGAACAGCCUGGGUUUUCCCAAAGAAUCAAAUAUCUUGAAGAGGCACGUAGAAAAUCGGAAGUUGCCAGAGCCGUGCUGGAAAGUUAUGAUCCGAAUGAUAUGGAGUGGGAUAUUACUAUGUUCGACACGGAUGAGCCAAAUGAAGGGGAACUCAUAAAGAAACCCAUGCGGAAACUUUUCCAGAAGCUCAUUAAGUUAUUUUCUUGAAAGGAAAAAACUUAGACACUCAUAAUUUUGGGUCUCUGAAAUGCGCUGGUCAAUCCGUACGCAUAACCCAUCAUGAUCAUGAAGACGUUCAUGCCAAAAGAAUAUUGCUCCAUGAAAAGUCGCGCAACUCUCCAUAUAAACAAGUGCUGUUGUAUAUUUCGCUGUAAUAUCUACACAUCAAUUAUAGUUUUAAAGGGAUAUGGAACUGAGUGAGGAGUUUAGUGCCUGGGUUGGCAACUCUGCAUGCGUACAAAUGAUUUGAACCCUUUUUAUUGCGAAGCCCCAGUUGCAAGAAACCGUAGUUAUAAACAUGUCGUUCACGAAGCUGCAGCGUGUUUUCAUUGUGGAGGCCAUAUUUUGCUACAAAAUCGUUUAAGCUGUGCCAAGAGGAGUUCAGACAUAAAUUUCACGAUGUGCAAGCCCUGAACAAAAGCACAAUUUUGCGGUCAGUGCUGCGUAUUCGUGCCACAGGCAUUGUGGCAGACAAGAAAAGGAGUGGACGUCCAUCAGUGUUAACGGAAUCUAUUCUUGAUGGCGUGCAACAGCGAAUGACAAGAUCACUAAGAAAAUCUCUCAGCAGAAUGUCACAUGAGACUAGCAUUUACGUGACGACACUGCAUAGAUGCGCAAAACGUCUACACUUUCAUGCAUACCAAGUGAAGGUUGUUCAAGAGUUGAAAAACCCAGACAAGGAAAAAAAUGCACUACUGUCUCUGGUUUCAAAGGUUUACUUAUAACCAGCCUGGAAUUUUAGACGUUUUUCUGGAAUGAAGUUUGGU